GUCAACAUAUCUGCUAGUCACAGCAUUUAUUUCUUGUUUUCUCGAUGGAAAAUUGAAUCUUCAGAACACUUCGAAGCAGUCGCCUAGGUAUGAGACCCAAAAGCAGCUUCCUUGUUCUUCUCGUUUGCGUUACGUCUGUCCAAGCAUGGGGCGUGAAAGCACCGAAACCUAAACCAACACGACCAGAAUACUGUGAAAAACCACCAUUUCUAGGGAGCUGCCAACCAAUAGUGAGACAUUGGUACUAUGACACUACAGCAAAGCGCUGUCAACAGAUAAGUGUUGGCUUGUGCCCGACAGGCAGCAACUGGUUUGUCUCGGAAGAAAAGUGCAAGACAGUCUGCGAAAGAGUCACUAAGGACGUCCCAGUAGCGUGUUUGAAACCACCUGUCACUGUCUCCUGUGGUCAGGUGCGCCACGCUUGGUACUUUGACCGUAAUAGCACUAGCUGUAAAAUGCUCAGCUACACAGAUCCCGCUUGCGAUAGCGCUGGGAACCGCUUUCUGACAGAAAUGAAGUGCCAGGGGGUUUGCCUGCCAACAGUAAAGCCAAAAUCCAUCUGCAGCAUGGAUCCUGAACCAGAUAGGUGUUUCCUGAGCAAAAAGCAGUGGUUCUUUAAUUUUAGAAAUAACACCUGCAUGAAAUUCCAGAAAGGUUGCGGAAAAGGUGCCAACAGCUUCUCCACGUACGAUAAGUGCAUGUGGAUGUGCAGCUAUAACCAAGCCACGGCUGCCUUCCCAACUGGCAAACAAAUACUCCAGAAUGAGCAACCGCCCCUAGGUAAACCCGAUGUGCCUAACCAGGUUGGCGCAGUCAGUCCACCAGCCCAGCCCGCUCAGCCUAGCGUACCUGUACAACCUGGCCAACCAAGCAAACCGAGCUUAGGCUUACCCAACCAACAUGGUCCUUCCGGCCUGCCCCUCCUAAGCGCCGGAUCAAGUCACCCUGGCCAACCUAGCCUAAUAGGGCCUCCCGGUCACGCCAGUUCUACUUUACCGCCCAGUACACCAGCUCAAUCUAGUCAAUCUAGCAGCAUACCCAGCACCGGCUUACCCGCUCAACCAGGCCAAUUCCCUCAAAGCAGUGUACCAGGUCACCGUAAUCAAAUUGGCUCGACGGGAAAACCCGGUCAAGCAAACCCUAUCUUCCCGCCCAGCACCUCCAUCCCUAUCCGGUCAGUCUAG